AUGGUGCAGGUGCAGGAGCCCCAGGACUACGUCGACGUGCUUCAGUCCCACCGCGGUGGUUUCAGCUUCGAGAACUGCAAGAGAAAUGCGUACUUGGCAGCUCAGGCAGGAAUCAAACCGCCAACAGCCAUGAAGUCCGGCACCACGAUCUGUGGCAUCGUCGUCAAGGAUGCCGUGAUCCUAGCCGCCGAUACCCGUGCCACGAAUGGCCCCAUGGUAGCAGACAAGAACUGCGAGAAGCUCCACUACAUCGCGAAGAACAUCUUCUGCGCAGGCGCCGGCACUGCCGCAGACCUCAUGCACACUACCGAAAUGAUGGAGUCGCAGAUCGAGCUACUUCGCAUGGCCACGGGCACCCAGCCUCGAGUGUGUACGGUUGUGAAGCGGUUGAGUUCCAUGCUCUUCAAGUACCAGGGCUACAUCGGUUGUGCCUUAGUCCUCGGAGGAUUUGAUGUGACCGGCCCACACCUGUACCAGAUCUACCCCCACGGCUCCACCGACAAGCUUCCCUUCACUACCAUGGGUAGCGGCUCGUUGGCUGCUAUGGCCAUCAUGGAAGCCGAGUACAACGAGAACAUGAGCAUCGAGGAAGGCAAGAAGCUGGUGGCCAAAGCAAUUCGUGCAGGCAUCUUCAACGACCUGGGGUCUGGUGGCAACGUGGAUGUCUGCGUGAUCACCAAAGACGGUGGUGGCAACAUCCUGAGAAACUACGAGAAGCCCAAUGAGCGCAAGUUCCGGGCUCAGCACAAGGCCUUCCCGAAGGGCACCACACCAGUGCUGAAGGAAGAGAUCAUGAAGCUUGUCUCGGUCGAAGAGGACGUCGUCAUGAGAGACUGA